GGGGAUAAAUAAAGUCUCUCUGAUUCUGAUUCUACUUGAUGGCACAGAAGAACUGUUCCUUCCACAUUUAGCCCAGUUAUCGUUUUAAGCGUGUAACACAUUUUAAAACUGUGUAUAUUUGUACAACUCUUAAGAUUAUCAUGAAGAGAAUUCCAUGUUCUUAUACCGCUAACCGUCAGACACAUUUGCCUUUGUGAGGUCCUAGCAAACUGAUGCCUCAAAUAAAAUUUCCUUCUACAAUCCCCACUUCCUGAACACAAUACAAAUAAACUUUGUAACUUCAGAGGUAAUGUAUUAUUUUUUGCCUUGAACAUGAUUAAUAAUGUUUGUAAUUUCACUAAAUCUUAUAAUUUCAACAAAUUCGAUUUUAUAAACAGAUUAUUUGUAUGUUCUCUAUAUUUAACAUUAUGAACCAUUCGUACCACUUUCUUCUGUAACAAGUAUACAGGUUUUAUAUUACUCGCAUAUGUAUUCCCCCGCACUUCAGCACAGUAACUGAGGUAGGGGGAAAUUAGUGAGAAAUAUAAUACGCAUUGCCUUAUAAUCUAAUACCUGACAUAUACAGUGUACUGUCAGUGCAGAGGAUGAAAUCAGCCAGGACAGCUCAGGAAACAUCUGCUCACAUCUGGCUGAAUUCAUGGGAACUUCUAAUCAACCACUCAGCUGCCUGUGCGCUGAGGCACGCGCCUCAGGUGGACAUGCGAUAGCUGGGUGAGAGGUCAACACCCUAAAAAACGUAUUUACUCUAUCAUCGCUCAAACAGUCCGCUUUCUGACGUCACAGACGCCCGAGUGAGGGCAUCAACAAAAUGCUGCAUAAUUAAAGUUUCCCUCACGCGCACAGCGGAGCUCCUUAAGACUGCCGCGAGCCUCCCUGUUCUCCCCACGACACGCGCCGCCAUCUUCGUCGGCUCACGAAGGCGUCAUAAAGGGUCGUACUAAGUAAAGCAGGAGCGGCAGGAACGUCAAAACGGAAAAGCUCCCAGUCCGGUUAAUGCUCGGGAAUCACUCGGGACUGACCUGGAUUAGAAUUUGUCCAUUUCUGAGUUAAAGGUUGUAUUAGAUUUGGUUCUUGAUGACGACGACGACUAUUAUUGAUCGCCUGGUUUUGUUUUGUUUUAAAAUAAUAAAGUUUCUAGUUUUAAGCUAAAAUCACCUCUAAUCUGUUUUUUAAAUUUCAAUUUUCAAAGUUUGUUUUUUUAGCCUCGCUCUUUCUUUCUUUACGUUAGCAGUGACGACGCCCCCUCCACCCUGCACAGUGGUUCAGUCCACAUCUGACGACGACCAUGUGUUACCGUAAUAUCGCUAUUGCGUUACGCAAACCGAGCUCCGUUUUGUCCACAAACAGCUUGACGCGUCGCAGAUCGAUGGCCAGUCGGUUUGGUAUUGAUAAUUGAUCAGAUGAAGCUUCGGUGACUGAUGACCUGCGCUCGCGGAGGACUUUGGUUUUGUUCCUUCCAGUCUACUGGGCCAGUUACGGCUCCGGUCCGUCAUGGUCCGACCGGAAAUCUGAACUGAUAAACAGAAGCUGAUCGAUGCGCGCGGAGCUGAAUGAGAGGAUUGAUCAGCAAUGGAGGACCGGGUCUCCGAGCCCAGCCUGGUUCUGGUCUUCAGUGGGAAGAGGAAGUCCGGAAAAGAUUACGUGACGGAGCUGAUCCAGCAGAGGUUGGGCCCUGACGUCUGCUGCAUCCUGCGCCUGUCUGGACCCCUAAAGGAGCAGUAUGCUCAGGAACACGGUCUGGACCUGGACCAGUUGAUGGGUCCUGGACCUUAUAAGGAGCAGUAUCGAGCUGACAUGAUUCACUGGGGAGAAUCUCGCCGCCGCCAGGACCCCGGCUUCUUCUGUCGCCUGGCGAGCAGAGGAGCCUGCCAACCAGUGUGGUUGGUGAGCGACGCGCGGCGGCUCUCAGACCUGCAGUGGUUCCAGGCAGAGUUUCCUCAACAGACUCAAAGUGUCAGAGUUCAAAGUUCCGAGAAGACCAGGUCACAGAGGGGGUGGAGCUUCACUGCAGGUGUCGACGAUGCAGAGUCGGAGUGCGGUCUGGACAACGGAGUUGAAUUUGAUUGGAUUGUAAUCAAUGAAGCCGACGCCCCCUCGUUGGACGAGCAGCUGCGUCCAAUCUUGCAGCUCACUGAGGAAGCAGCUUCAACAUCAUCAGUAAAUCAAAGCUGAUCAUCAGUGACUGAUCAGGUGGUCCCGCCCACAGAACUAACAGGUUGACCUAACCUGCAGCUCAGGUGUUUCAGAGCAGCUGAUGCAGGUGGUCUGGCAUGUUGUUAAAGAAGGGAGGACGGCAUGCUUUCAGCAGAAUGAACUACAAAACUAUUGUUCAGCUGAUCAAUAAAGUUUUAUUUAACACCUG